AUGGAGGGGCAGACUAAAGUAGUUGAGACAAAGUCUGAUCCAGCGGUUAUUCCCCUUAACGAAACCUGUGAGGAGGGAUUUUGCAAUGACUGGGAGACUCACUCUAACUGGAAAAUUCUUGGAAUUGGAAGUGUGAAAGAGAAGACGAUAGCUGCGAGACGAAGUCUAGUGAAGACUCUAAUAUUCCCGGAAGCUAACCGGAGAGACUUUGAUGAGCUGCCGAACAAUUUGAAAGAAGGGAUCCAGUUCAGUUUGCGGAUGAAUAUUAGUAGAUAUUCGAGCUAGCAUUCAACGCUGAUGACCAUUAGACAAGUCUUUGACUUGGGUUAUUAAUUCUAGAAAACAAAAUAUGAACAUCUCAACUGUGAAUUCUUAUUAGGCCCUCUUGUCUAAGAUAAUAAUAUUGGGUAUAAAACAACCUCCAUAGUCAUCAAAACAAAGCUAAUACAAAACCCAACACUAAAACAUAAAGAAAAAUCCCACCAAUGAUUGGUUGAUUCAAUCUUCCAAGUAUAUAACUUCAUUCAGUUCUCCUUCUUCUGCAUCUCUGUCUCUAUGUAGAUUGCCAAAACCUAACACACUGUUGCCAUCCAGAUUCUCCGACUGUUCUUCAUCGCUAUUUUCUCCAGCAACUAUAGUCCUCUUAUGCGUUCCAUCAUCAUUCCAGAAAUGUCUAGGUAUCUGGCCGUCUUGAUCAAAGAAAAGACAUUCUGGUAAAGUCGGGAAACGCACUUUGACGAGUUCUUUCCAGAAGUUAUCACCAGACUCAAGCCUCUCCAUCAUCGCUUGCAAAACUUCAGAGGAAAAAUGCAAUGU